AUGUCUUCGUCACCAAAUUGCCCGGUCGCCUCUUCAGUCCCACAGCCCGAAGCCAUGACGACCUCACCACGCAAAACGGCAGGCAAAGCACAGGAUGUGCUCAUGGCACUGACGCGACAUCGAGCGCAGCAGGAAAUUUCUAUCAUCAAGUUGAUCCAGCCUAUUACAAACUAUGCAGCGCAUGAGCCGAGACAGAGAUCCUCAGAUGUAUCGAACUCAUGUUUGGAAGGGCCGACCCCGGCAAGCCUUGAAACCGACCUGGCGCAUUACAGCGAGCUCUUCUCCAAAUUGCGAUUCUCUUACGUCGAACAAGUCACUAAGGAGAAAUUCAUACGCGCCAUCGUGGGAGACCCGCCACUUAUCGUCAGUAUGCGGGAGAAUAUCGAGUUGGAAAAGCAUAACAUGGAGGCAAAGGCUGAGCUGAAGAAUCUCAAGUUGGACGUUGCGAGCAUGAUAGAGGAUUUGGAACGCAGAGCCCGCGAAUUGAGCCAGAAAUACGAAAGCAUCCAGCUAGAAACAGCUAAAUUGGGGGAAAUUCCCAUGAAGCUACAUGAUCUUCGCGCGCAAGUCGCGGAAUUAAAGUCAUCCAGGGCCACAGCAGACUCGAAUCCAGAUAUGAAUCUGCCACUCACCAAGACGAGACAGCUCGUGUCGCGUCGGCAAGCAGAGCAGCAAGAAGUCACGCGUGAGCUGGAAGCUCUUCAGUCGAAACUCCCUCGUAAGAGAAAGGAGGCUGAGCGACUCGAGGCCGAGCUGGGUCCGCUGGAGGCGAAGCGGCAGAACAGCAAGGCAGCGGCGCGCGAGGCACAGCGAAGGAAAGAAGCUACACUGGGGGGCGUUGGCGACGAUCUCGAGCAACGAGCACGAUGGUGGCGCGCCGGUGAAAGCAUACUGAGGCAGCUCCUGGACACCAAGAGCUAA